AUGAGCAGCAGGAGCACCUCUCAGGAGGCGUGGAGUCACCACCACCUGAGAAGAUGCAUUAGUAUGCCAGGCGCCCUGACAAAGCGCCACAGACCCGGCGGCUCUGAGGCUUCGACCCCAGAGACGCGUCAUCUUCCAGCCCUGCAGGCGGGAUGUCUGAGGUCAGGUGUCGGGGGCUGCCUCCCCCCCCCCCGAAGCCUGUCGGGAGCAUCCUUCCCGCCUCUUCCUGCUCUGGGGGGUCACUCCUGGCGUUCCUGGGCAGGCAGCCGCGUCCCUCCAGCCUCUGCCUCUGUGGUCUCGUGGGCUUCGCCCCUGGAGUCUGCGUCCACAGUUCCCUCUGCUUGUGGGGACACCGCUCAUGGGCUCGGGCCCCCCAGUGACCUCGAUCUCCUGCAGGGACCCUAUUUCCAAGCAAGGUCACGUCCACAGGUACUGAGCGUGAGGGUGCCAAUCUAUCUCUGUGGGGGGGACACAAUCCAACCUGUAACAGAUCGGGAGACACCAGGGGAGCAGUUUGGGGACGGAGGUCAGGAGCCGGGCGUCAGGCGUGUUUGGUUAGGGGCGUCUGUUACAUGUCUUAGUGGAGAUGCUGAGGAGGCAAAGAGAUACGGAGCUGCCCAACUGUGA